CGAGAGUCCACUACUACAAUUCGGACAUAAAUUUGCUUACAGCAGAAAAAUAUUCUUUACAUAAAUUCAAGUAAAUGUUAAUCGUCUACUCGAACAUUAUAUUUCUUUUAAAAACGAUUAUUUAGAUGCAGUGUAUUUGAGCCAAAAUACUUCAAUAAAAAAGUGUACUUUAUUACAAUGGAUUCAUUGAUGAAUUUACAAUGAGCUAUAAAUUAUUUUAAAUAAAAUGAAGGGGUACUAAAAUUGAUGCGGAUAUUAGACAGUAGGUAACCAUAACAACUUCUAAUACAAAUACAUACACAUUGGCGUAAAAGUAUUCUAGGAGGAAAGUAAGAAACUAACUGAAAAGGGAUUAGUAAAGAUUUGGUCAUGUCGACGGACAGUUCAGAUGGCAAUGCGUGGGUAUUUGACUCUCUUGUGGGGUUUCUACACGGUCCUGUAUGGAAUGUCCCAUUGCAGACUUUUAUAGAAGAGAAGUCUCUGCCUUUUGAGCCUACAGACAAUGGGGAUGUCUUGGACAGGCCAGAAUACAAGAAGAUUCAUGAUGAAUAUCGGAAUCUGGUAGAUGUGAUGCUUGGGUCCUUCAUGGAUGACAUUGGCAUCUCCGCGGACCAGUUCGAAGCAGCAUGCCGUCUGUCUGCUCGCGAUUUGGCGGGAUUACCCGCACAGUUUCACCGGCGGCUGUUUGAGCAGAUUUGGGCUGCCAACGACUACGAUAUCUUCGUUAAGAUGAUGACGCAUAAAAACGUUGAGCUACAGCUGCAGGCAUUAGAGUUGAUCGAGAGGCGUUUUGGAGCAUUGCCCAACAUAUUUGCAACCGUACCGGAGGACCUGGAAACGUCCCGAAGCGACGAGAGCGAAGACUGGCCUGAUGCUGAUGACGUCAUGACUGAGAUUAAAGAAUUACAACUCGAAGAUUUUGAAGAUAACGCCGUCGUGAGCGUCCCUCCUGAAGAAGUGGUGGCUGAAAAGAAAACCCUCUUAACUAAAGCGUCCAAGCUUCAAAGCUUUGAAAGGAAGGAGGCUCCAGCUGAUAAAACGAUUAGUCCGCCAGAACUCACUAUUCUGGAACCACCAAAACCCGCACCGAAAAAAGUUGAGGUGAGCGAGGAAGAAAUCCGUGCGCGCCAGGAAUACUUGAAGCAGCAGCGAGACAAACUUCUAGCACUGAAGAAGCAGGUUCGCGAGAAAAGGUUGGGCGCCGCCGAGAUUGGGGCAGAAGGAAAAGGAGAAGGUCCAAGCAGCCAAGCACGGCCUCGCUCGGCGCGCGUGGCGCAGGCCGCGCUCGCCGGCGCGCCGCCGCCGCCGAUGCCCGACGCCAUGCAACUGCGCAAGGCCCUCGCUUCUAAACUGAAGACUGAAGUCGUCGAUAAUCACUAGCUGAAUGUACUUUAUGACCGACCGUUACAAAUGUAAUAUUUAAAACAAUGAGAUUAAAAACCCACAGAUUAUAAAUGAUUCCAACUGUCCAAGAACAUAGUCUUUAGGCCGGCUAUAGACAUCCGUUGUUUUCGCCGGAAACCGGACCGUUAACGCGAACACCGGGCCAAUUCUAGUUUUAGUUAUUAGAUCCGUUUCCAAUAUGAUACUAAUCUGUCAGUGUCAAAAGUGACAUUUCUUUGGCCUCAUCGUCCAGAUUUGUACUUUGUUACCGACAGCUACAACUAAGAAAACGAGGCAUCGUCCCCGGACAAUUGUCCGGCGAAAACACCGGACGUCUACAACCGGCCGAGUCUGUGGAUUGUUACUUUGGAUUUGGCAUGAAUAAAGACACAUUUUUUUAAA